AUGAUUGCACGCGCUAACACCACCGCUAUAGAAUUAUUAUACGACGAUAUAUUGUCUCAUAUUUUACAAUAUUUACCAAUACAAUUUCUCUUGAAAGUGUGUUUGUGUGUUUCGAAACAUUUUCAUCGAAUUAUUUUGAACAUUCCGAAUUUGGAAUUAGUAUCAGAAAAAUGGAAUUCCUUUCAUGAUGCACCAAUCACUCGCAACAACUUUCUUCAAUUUAUCAAAUCGAGUCAUUAUUUAAGAAAUUUAACAUCAUUACAAUGUGAUCUUGGAGAAAUGGAUGUUUCACCACUGACAGAAUGUGAAAAUUUUAAAAAUUUAACAUGUUUACAAAUUCGAUCCACCGAUGCAACUAGUUUGAAAACACUCGCUCAUAGUUCCAAUUUAACAAAAUUGAACAAAUUUAUGUUGGGUUUUGGCCGCUAUAGCGAUCAUAUGCCAAAUAUUUCCGUACUUCAAACUCUUGUCCAAAGUCAAAAUUUUUCAAAUGUAAAAGAAUUGCAUUUGGAAUUUACUUGUUUUCAUCAAGAUAUAGUUAAAGUAAUAUCUGAAAGUCAAGUUUUAAAACUUUCAGGAAAUUUAACAGUUUUAUCAUUGAGUGGGGUAAUUAUUGGAUUUGAAGAUGCACAAUGUUUUUCUCAAGCUGAAGCUUUUAGAAAUUUGAAAACCUUACAAUUGAAUGAAUGUAGUUUGGAAUCUCCUCGCAAUCAAUUAUCUCAAGGCCUUUCGAUUCAACAUUAUAAUUCAUUAACCAAAAGAAAUGAAUGUCUUGGAGGCAUGGGAUUAAUAGCUCUGGAAAAGAAGUGUCACUUUUCAAAAAAUCUCACUUCAUUGACCAUUAAUAGUUCCAAUCUGGUUGCUGCUGAUUUGAAGGAAAUCAUCUAUUUUGAACAAUUGAAAACCUUAAAUCUCUAUCGAAAUAGAAAAAUUGGUUCCAAUGGUGCUCAAUACCUUGCAACGAGUUGUGAAAAUUUGAAAACAUUGACUUGUUUAAACUUGUCCUGGUGUGGAAUUGGAGGUGAAGGAUUCAUGUACUUGAUUCGUUGCCCCUAUUGGAAUCAUCUUGAAACACUUUCAGUUUCCAAUAAUAACAUUCAAGAACAUCACGCAUUACAAUCUCUUGGUGAGGAAGGAGUAUUGUUACAGCAACAUUUAACGUAUCUCGAUCUCACUUUCAAUGAUAUUGAUCAUGAAGGAAUCAUUGCACUCGCUCAGAGUUGUGAAAAAUUUCAUCGCUUGCAACAUGUACAUGUGAGUGCAACGAGUCUCAAUGAGUCCGCAGCUAAGAGUGUGUUGAAUUGUGAAAAAUUUGCCAAAUUGAAAACCUUCUCUCUGCAUGCUGUAUGUCAUCAUGAACUCUAUUGUGAAUUAAUCAUGAAGAAAUUUCCAAAAAGCAAUGUCUAUGGAUUUUUCAAACAAGAACGAAAGCAAACGUGUCAAAUUUAUUGA